AUUGACGCAUUUAUCAUCUUCUUCAUCGGAAAAAAUUCUUGGAGUUAUCGGAAAAAGUUUCUUCAUCUACUACGGUGUUCGUAUCUGAUCCCUUUCGCUAUGUUAAACUAGAUUCACACGUUUGUUCGCAAAGCCGAGAUUCGCAUUUCGUCUUCUCAUUUCGAGAUUUCGUUUAUGGAAUCUCUGAAUCUUAUGUUGCGUGUGGGAUUUUACUUCCCUAUAUUGUGACUAUCGAAGAAAACUGUAUCUACGGUGAUUGCGGAGAGGAGAGAAAAUGGCGAAGAUGAUAAACAAGACGCUUGUACUUACCUAUAUCUACUUACUGAUCUACAUUCUUCUUUCUUCUGGAGUUAUACUGUAUAACAAGUGGGUUCUAUCUCCGAAAUACUUCAAUUUUCCACUUCCUAUAACAUUGACAAUGAUCCAUAUGGGAUUUUCUGGAUUUGUGGCUUUCCUUCUUAUUCGAGUUUUCAAGGUUGUCUCUCCUGUUAAAAUGACUUUCGAAAUAUAUGUGACCUGUGUGGUGCCUAUAAGCGCAUUCUUUGCAUCCAGUCUCUGGUUUGGAAAUACUGCAUAUUUGCACAUUUCAGUUGCCUUCAUACAGAUGCUCAAAGCACUAAUGCCAGUAGCAACAUUUCUCAUGGCCGUUGUUUGCGGCACGGACAAAGCAAGGUGUGACGUGUUCAUGAACAUGGUGCUGGUCAGUGUUGGAGUUGUAGUAUCUUCCUAUGGGGAAAUUAAUUUCAAUGUAAUCGGCACGGUCUACCAGGUCAUGGGAAUCUUUGCUGAAGCACUUAGACUGGUGCUAACUCAAGUUCUUCUUCAGAAGAAGGGCUUGUCAUUGAACCCAGUCACCAGCUUAUACUAUAUAGCUCCAUGCAGCUUUGUUUUCCUGUCCUUGCCUUGGUAUGUACUGGAGAAACCGAAUAUAGAUGUCUCGCAGAUCCAAUUCAACUUCUGGAUCUUUUUCUCAAACGCUCUCUGCGCACUUGCCUUAAACUUCUCCAUAUUCUUAGUAAUCGGAAGAACAGGCGCUGUAACAAUCCGGGUUGCUGGGGUUCUCAAAGACUGGAUUCUCAUAGCCCUCUCCACUGUCAUAUUUCCUGAGUCCACAAUCACUGGGCUGAAUAUUACUGGAUAUGCAAUAGCGCUCUGUGGUGUUGUAAUGUACAAUUACAUAAAAAUCAAGGAUGUAAAAGCGAUUCAACCAACCAGCGACAGCCUCCCAGAUCGAAUCACGAAGGAUUGGAAGGAGAAGAAUUCUUCAGAUGGGGGGAGCCCAAGAGGAUUAGAGCUUAAUGAUGAAGAAGCCCCUCUGAUAACAUCGCGGUUGUCGCAUAUCGGGCGGACUCAGCUUGGAAACCACACGGCCGUCUGAGAAUGACCCUUAUGUUGUUUCCCUUCUCAGGUGAAAAUGUGUUUUAUCUCUUUUGAAACCCAAACCUUUUAAAUAGAAUUUACCUCGGAUUACUUAACAUUGUUAGUUCUACAAAAAAGAAACGCAAAAUUAUUUGUAGGGUCUCUGAAAGUUAUAAAUGUUUUCACUAGAC